AUGGCCGAAUCUACAUCAGUGGACGCGAAACCUCACAAUGGGCACACCGAGUACCAUUCCCCGCGACCGCGCAAACCGACACGCAUCGACUUGCUCAAACCACAACUAAGCGAGGAGGCUUUCAACAAGGACGGAACGCUCAAGGACCCUGGGUCGGGCAUAUCGAGCAGCGGUCGAUCAACACCCAUUCCCGCAGAUGCGCCCCCCUCAGUUCAAGCUUCCUCUACUGCCCGACGACAGAUACGAGCUCAGCAGAAGCAGCGCAUAUUCCCUACUAUCGAGUAUGUGGAUCGCGUUUCCCACUUCGACCCGAACAGCGACUACCAUGACUUCCGCGGCUUCUUCGUCCUUUUUUGGAUUGGACUGGCCAUUAUGGUCAUCACAACGAUGCUUCGGAACCUGACGGAAACUGGAUAUCCUUUACAGCUACGACAAUGGAAAUUAUUCAAAGAGAAGGUAUGGGAACUCGGUAUAGUCGACGGUGCUAUGGUGUGUAGCACCGCAUUAUCACUGCCUUUGCAAAGGCUAUUUCUCAGUGGCGGGGCACUACGCUGGAGUAAUCCCGGUAUGAUAAUUCAGAGCAUAUACCAAGUGAUAUGGCUUACCUUCUGGACUACCUAUCCCUUUGUGCGUGACUGGAGCUGGACUGCCCAAGUCUUCUUCACUCUGCAUCUGCUUGCCAUCUUCAUGAAGAUGCACUCCUAUGCUUUCUAUAAUGGUCACCUCAGUGAAACACUACGGCGCCUGAAUGACCUCGAUACACCCGACAAAGCCAGCAAAGCAGCAGCGGUCCGCUACCCGAAGCCUCAAACCCACCUACACGAUCUCCCACUGUCUCCUACUGACGAAGAACCCGAAGAUGCUAACGCUGCUUAUCUGAGCCAGCUGCGAGCAGAUCUUGCCUUCGAGCUCGCCUCGCCUCUUGGUCGCGUUUCCUACCCAGAAAACCUUACGUUAUAUAACUUUGUGGACUUUAUCUUCUGUCCAACGCUUUGUUACGAAAUCGAAUAUCCCCGUACGGCCAAGAUCCGCCCUCUGGAGGUCUUCUACAAGACGCUUGCUGUGUUCGGGUGUAUCUUCCUCAUGGUAAUCACAGCAGAAGAGUUCAUCCUACCGGUCCUGGACCAGUCGGCGUUACGACUACACCAUUCGAAUAGUACGGUCGAUUUCGGCCUGAUUAUGGGCGAGACGAUAGGGCGCCUGCUCUUCCCCUUCAUGAUCACCUUUCUGCUCGUUUUCCUCGUCAUCUUCGAGUACAUCCUGGGUGCAUUUGCGGAGAUUACACGAUUUGCGGAUCGUCAGUUCUAUGCAGACUGGUGGAAUAGCUGCGACUGGCUUGAAUUCUCGUGGAAUCGGCCAGUGCAUCUGUUCUUCCGUCGACACGUAUACUCGGCUUCGAAGAAUCACAUGUCUCGACCUGUGGCCACAACCAUCACCUUCCUUAUUUCGGCUCUUGCCCACGAAUUGGUCAUGGGCUGUAUAACUAGGAAGUUCAGAGGCUAUGGAUUCUUUGCUAUGAUGCUCCAGAUACCCAUCAUUAUGGUGCAGAGGAGCAAGUUCGUCAGGGGACGGACUCUGCUCAACAAUGUUUUGUUUUGGUGCAGCAUGAUCCUAGGGCUCAGCAUGAUGUGUGCCCUGUAUGUCCUAGUGUAA